AUCUGCAAAGAAAUUUGGUUGCUUUUACAGGCUGGCAGUGUGCUGGAAAAUUUGUGAUGUGCGUUGUCCUUACAUGUGCACCUUGCUUCACUGGACAGAAUGAGGAGGGAGCAGGGGCGGACUGACAACUCAUGGGGCCCCCGGGUAAUAGGGGAUCAUGGGGCCCCUGUGUCCUUGCCCAAACUCAAAAAAGCCUAUGAAAAAGGUACCAGGGGCAUCUCAUGGGGCCCCCUACUGACCCCGGGCCCUCGGGCAGUG